GGCAGGAGGCACGGUGACUGGCUGCCAGUUGUGUCCGUGCAGCUGCAGUUUUCCAGAUGUAUUGUCUCCUGCCUGUACUGAAAGAAUGCAUCGUUAUAUGAAAUCCAGAUGCAGCGAUGAGUACUUAGCGUUUGAAGCCAACUGAAUAUUACUUGUGGAUGCAGACAGCCCUUUGCCAUUUCAGCUAUAAAGCGAGUCUUUCAGACACUGAAACCUAAAAUGUUAAGAAGGAUUUUAAACUGGCUCAGUGUGAAGAUUGACACGUACAGGAACCGUUGAAUUCGCCGUGCAUUCCAUUGGCCUGUCCUGUUUGGGAUAUGUCACUACUGGAAUCCAGUUCUGUUUUUUGCCCCAAGGUUUAUUCAGUUUUCAAAGCUGAAGCAACACAGUUCUAUGUGAGAGCUCAAAUUCCCGACCAAUAGCAUCAAUGGCUCAGACCAGCUUGCUGAAGGGGAAACCCUUCUACUGCAGGGAAUGGAUCUUCCACAAGCUUCAGCACUGCCUGCAGGAAAAAACGAACUGCAGCACCAUCGCAGCAAACAAAUUGUCACUUGUGGCAAAUUCUGGCAACAAUGGUGGCAGCACUGGGAAAGGGUCAGCUUGGGGCUUGCUGUUUGUCGGUGGUCCAGGAAGUGGAAAGACAGCCCUUUGUACGGAGCUGGUUUGGCCAAGUUCACCUGCCGGUUUGCAGAGAGGUCUACACCGCCAAGUCUUGGCUUUUCACUUCUGCAGGGCCCAGGACUCUGACACAUUGUGCGUGGGAAACUUUAUCAGGACCCUUGUUGACCAGAUUUGCCAAGGAGGACUGAUGCCGGGAUUUGAGGAGAAACUAAAUGAUCCCUCAGUUCAGAAACUGCUACAACCUGGAGAAUGUGAACGAAAUCCAUCAGAGGCUUUUAAAAGGUGUGUUCUUCUCCCUUUGCUGGCCAUGAAUUCGCCUACUCAGAGUCUUUUGAUGGUUGUCGAUUCAGUUGAUGAAGGGUGCAACGUAACUGAAGGAGAACACAGACCAUCUGGAUUAUCUGGAACCAUAGCAGAUCUUUUAGCGAGUCAUCACGAAUUCUUUCCUCCCUGGCUUCUUCUAAUAUGUUCAGCCCGCAAGCAGAGCAGAACAGUCACUAAAAUGUUUACAGGUUUUCGGAAGAUAAGUUUAGAUGAUCUUCGAAAGGCCUACAUAGUUAAAGAUGUCCAACAAUAUAUUCUUCACCGUUUAGACCAAGAAGAAGCACUGAGACAACAUUUAACAAAGGAGACUGCAGAGAUGUUAAAUCAGCUUCACAUUAAAAGCAGCGGGUGCUUUCUUUAUCUGGAGCGUGUAUUGGAUGGUGUUGUAGAAAGCUUCAUCAUGCUGCGUGAAAUUCGUGAUAUUCCUGGAACUUUAAAUGGAUUAUACCUCUGGCUGUGUCAGAGGCUGUUUGUAAGAAAACAGUUUGCUAAAGUCCAACCAAUUUUAAAUGUUAUUCUAGCUGCUUGUCGACCACUAACGACUAUAGAACUAUUUCAUGCGGUUUGGACCAAAAACAUGUCAUUGACCAUGGAGGACUUUCAGCGUAAGAUGGAUGUUCUGUCGAAAGUACUAGUUGAUGGGCUAGGAAAUACAAAAAUCCUAUUCCACUACAGUUUUGCAGAGUGGCUGCUUGAUGUAAAGCACUGCACUCAGAAAUAUUUAUGCAAUGCCGCUGAGGGACAUCGGAUGCUUGCAAUGAGUUACACAUGCCAAGCAAAAGAAUUGACCCCAGUAGAGGUUCAGGAGUUUGCAUUACAUCUAAUACAUUCAAAUUUGCAGCUAACAAAUUCAGAGCUGGCCUUGUGGAUGAUCUGGAAUGGAACAUGUGUAAAAGACUCCUUAUGUACGGUAAUACCAAAGGAACAAGAAGUGCUACAAUUACUAGUGAAAGCCGGAGCCCAUGUUGACAGUGAAGAUGACCGAACGUGUUGCAUUGUACGGCAAGCCUUAGAAAGAGAAGAUUCAAUCCGUACGCUCCUCGAUAAUGGUGCAUCUGUUAAUCAGUGUGAUUCAAAUGGAAGAACUCUGUUGGCUAAUGCUGCAUAUAGUGGUAAUCUUGAUGUGGUCAACUUACUAGUCACAAGAGGCUCUGAUCUUGAAAUUAAGGAUGCCAAUGGACAAACAGCACUUACUUUGGCAGCCCGCCAAGGCCAUGUAAAGGUUGUAAAUUGUUUAAUUGGAUGUGGCACAAACAUAAAUCAUUGUGAUCAUGAUGGGUGGACAGCACUGAGAUCUGCAGCAUGGGGUGGCCACACUGAGGUUGUGUCUGCACUUUUGUAUGCUGGAGCCAAAGUUGAUUGUGCAGAUGCUGACAGUCGAACAGCUUUAAGAGCAGCAGCAUGGGGAGGGCACGAAGAUAUCGUACUGAAUUUACUGCAACAUGGGGCCGAAGUUAAUAAAGCUGACAAUGAAGGCAGAACUGCUUUAAUUGCAGCAGCAUACAUGGGACAUAGAGAAAUUGUGGAGCAUCUGUUAAAUCAUGGUGCAGAGGUCAAUCAUGAAGAUGUGGAUGGACGAACAGCCCUAUCUGUAGCAGCCCUUUGUGUUCCAGCAAGCAAAGGUCAUGCGUCUGUGGUCAGUCUCUUAAUUGAGAGGGGGGCAGAGGUAGACCAUUGUGAUAAAGAUGGAAUGACUCCCCUACUUGUGGCUGCAUAUGAGGGACAUGUGGAUGUGGUUGAUCUUCUCUUAGAAGGUGGUGCAGAUGUUGAUCACACUGAUAACAAUGGACGUACUCCCCUCCUUGCUGCAGCUUCUAUGGGGCAUGCAUCGGUUGUUAAUACAUUACUUUUCUGGGGUGCUGCUGUAGAUAGUAUUGACAGUGAAGGUCGUACUGUUCUUAGCAUAGCAUCAGCUCAAGGAAAUGUUGAAGUAGUAAGGACACUUCUGGACAGAGGCCUAGAUGAAAACCAUAGAGAUGAUGCCGGAUGGACUCCACUUCAUAUGGCUGCUUUUGAGGGUCACAGAUUAAUAUGUGAAGCAUUAAUUGAACAAGGAGCUCGAACAAAUGAAAUUGAUAAUGAUGGUCGAAUACCCUUACUUCUGGCUGCCCAGGAAGGACAUUAUGACUGUGUACAGACUCUUUUGGAAAAUAAAUCUCCUGUUGAUCAAAAAGGAUAUGAUGGUCGGAAUUCCAUCCGUGUUGCCGCUUUGGAAGGACAUAGGGAUAUAGUUGAAUUGCUUUUGAGCAAUGAUGCCGACAUCAAUUCCAAAGAUGCUGAUGGACGCCCAACACUUUACAUUCUAUCGCUGGAAAAUCAGUUAACAAUGGCUGAAUAUUUUUUAGAAAAUGGAGCUAAUGUGGAAGCUAGUGAUACUGAAGGGAGAACAGCUCUGCAUGUUUCCUGCUGGCAGGGACAUUUAGAGAUGGUGCAGACCCUCCUGUCCUACCGGGCUGAUGUUAACGCAGCUGACAAUGAGAAACGUUCUGCCUUACAGUCCGCUGCCUGGCAAGGGCAUGUAAAAGUGGUGCAGCUAUUAAUUGAUAAUGGUGCUCUUGUUGAUAAUACAUGUAACCAAGGUGCUACUGCACUUUGCAUUGCUGCCCAGGAAGGACACACUGAGGCUGUGCAGGUUUUAUUGGAACAUGGUGCAGAUCCAAAUCACGCAGAUCAAUUCGGAAGGACAGCUAUGCGUGUUGCUGCUAAAAAUGUACAUACGCAAAUAAUUAAGUUGCUUGAAAAAUAUGGAGCAUCGACUCUCAAUGGAUGCAAUCCAUCUCCUGUUCAUACCAUGGAGCAAAAAAACUUAAAUACAACAUCAACAAAAGUACAGUCUUUAACAAUUAAAUCGAAUAGCUCAUCCAGCACCGGAGGUGGUGAUGUUCACCCGACUAUGCGUGGAUUGUGCAAUGGACCCUCUCAUGCGUUCAGUUCUCCUUCAGAAUCCCCAGAUUCUACAGUAGAUAGACAUAAGUCUUCUCUUUCAAACAAUUCACUUAAGAGUUCUAAAAAUUCUUCCCUUCGUACAACUUCAUCUACAGCAACUGCUCAAACCGUGCCUAUUGAUAGUUUCCAUUGCCUUUCUUUCACAGAGCAAAUUCAGCAGCAUUCACUUCCACGUAGCAGAAGUAGACAGUCAGUAGUAUCCCCCUCUUCCACAACACAAUCUUUAGGACAAAACAAUUCCCCAACAAGUGAAUUUGAAUGGAGCCAAGUCAAACCUUGUUUAAAAUCCACAAAGACAAGUAAAGUGGGCAAAGGAGAGUCCUCAAACAAAUCUAGUUCUGUAACAAAGAAAAACAAGCAAAGUUGCUCUUCCCAGUCUAAGGUUUUAGAAUAUGAAAUGAAACAAUUUGACAAUAGAGUGCAUGUUCCCAUUUCUGGCCCUGGGAUGAAUGUGCCACUAAAGCAAAUCCCUACAGACCCUUCAAAAAUUCAGAUAUCUUCAGUGCAACAAGAAAUUGUUCGUUCAUCACAGCAGUUUAUUCAACAGCAGACUGCAGAACAAAAGAAAAGGAAUGGAAUUAUGACCAAUCCCAAUUAUCACCUUCAAGGGAAUCAUCAGGUUUUUCUUGGUAGGGUUUCUGUGCCGCGUUCUGUACAAGGGCGGGGGCAUCCAGAAGUUCUAGAAGGCUAUCCUUCAACAGAAACAGACUUGAGCCUUAAACAGUCACUUAAACUUCAAAUUGAAGGAACUGACCCUAGCUUUAACUACAAAAAGGAAACUCCACUAUAACUGGU